AUUAGUUCUUCAUAUCUCUGUAUGGCCAUUUUGUUAAAAAUUCAUGAGCUGACUGUUUUCUGUGGCAUACAGAUUUCUGACUAUUGCACCGCCCAGUAAAAGUUACUGGCUAGCACUUUCUUUAAACUCUUCAGAGCGCAUCACUUUAUCUGAGGCACUGGAAAGAAGAAUCAUGCCACUUACACCUUUUACAAUCUUUAUUUUGAUAUGUGGAUUUUAUUCCCGAUUUAAUGCUUUCGCACAUGCACAAAUUCAAACAGUUCAGACCCAAAAAGAAGUUCAGCGUGGAUCUGACGUGUCUUUGCGAUGUGAUGUCCGUCUUCUGUCUAAAUCCUCCACAUUGAACUGGGAGAAAGAUGGAGAACACACACCCAACAGCACUCUGAUGUACAACAACUCUGCCUACAUCAUCUUACACACCGCUGAUGAACGCAAUAAAGGGAAUUAUUACUGUAGAUUGAUGGAAGAUGGAAGCGUACAAACUGUUAGGAUUCACACACUUAAUGUUACUUCAAAUUUAUAUGGAAGUCAAACCAUUUACAGACAAAGCCCCUUUCACAUCUCACCUGUGAACUUCAAUUAUAGUGGGACAUACAGGUGUAUUACUGAAAACACAAUCUACACAACCACAAUACCAUGCACCAUUAGAGUGGAGCCCCCUGAUGGUGUGUUGAGGAGUCAGUCAGUGGUUCUUACCUGUGAGGUUUCUGAAGUAACUGAUUCAGUGACGCUGGUCUGGUUUAGGAUGGAGGGGAACAGAGGAGUGCUGGUCAAACAGCAAAUUAUGACUGAGAAAAACAACAUGUUACGUCUCACAGUGAAUCUAGCCAGCUAUGAAACAGACCCGCUGCACUGGCAGUGUGCAGUUUUUACUGAGAAUACACUCAGAGCUCUGGCCCUUAUAACAAUCAGUUGUAACUCAUCAGAAAACUCAACUGUAACAAACCAAGUAAACAACAGUCAUGCAAACACACUAUUUUGCUGUGUUUUGACUCUAUUUACUGGGAUUCUCCUUGGAGCUCUAAUGUAUUACUGCUACAGGAAACGAAAGUCAGUGCAGUCUGGCCCUCAGGAGUCUGAACCAGUCUAUAUUAAUAUCAGCCAAAUGAGGAAUGAUAGAGAGCGCCGCAGCACACCAGAAAACAGAGAAAAUAGUCCUGAAAUAUAUCGUAAUAUAAGAAGAGACAGAUAUGGAAAAGGAAACAUGAAUAAAAGAGAUGAGACACCAGUUACAUCAGACAGUAUGACCUACGCAACCAUUGUUUUCAACAAAUCCAGGUUUCAGACUUAAAAUAUAACUCCAGUCUAUAAUGAGAACCUGAGGGAGACACAAUUUCAUAUAAUGUUUUAUUUUUUAGAUAUGAACCUCAAACCAAUAUCUCACAGAGAAAGUAUAAACAUUUUCUUUAUUAAACAGCAGAUGGCGCUGUCUGGUUACAUUAGCUAUAAUCUGAGAAUGCAUUAAGAGGUUCUCAGACCUAACUGCCUUCAUUAAACCACCACCACAUAUAUUAAUCCUACUGACUGAAACUGGAUAACUGCAUCCUGUUAUUAAUGUUGUGUUAAUCCCAUUUGUAAAAGCAUCAACUAAGCAUCCAAAUAUUAUUAUGAUUUUGCAUUUGUUAUAUUAUAGUUGCCUUCAUAUAUGUGCAUGCAUGCUAGUGAAAUGGCCAUUUGAUGGCACUGUUUGAAAACGUUCUUGAAUAAUAAUAAUAAUAAUAAUAAAGUGUAAGUACUAAAUAGGAUAAUGCAGUUACAUCCUCUUCUCU